UAUUGUUACUCAAUUGAUCUACAGUUACGGAGUACACUCGAUUAAUAACACUUGACAUCUACACUACCUACAACCUCUACCUACAUACACAACCUACAAAUCAACCACCACCACCACCACCACCAAAACCUACAGAAGAAUAUAAUAAAAAUGACAACAAUCCCCGCCCCCCUCCCCCCCACAACCCUCCUCACCAGCAAACCCAUCUCGCAAUCAACAGCGCACGACUUCCUCGCCGCCUACCUCGACCGCGCCAACACCGACCCCGCGCUUCAACCCAACGCCGGCAUCAGCGAGCACGGUCCCGUCUCGCGCACGACGGCCGCCGCGCCCAACCUCAUGCUGCACAAUCUCAAGCGCGUGCAGGCUGGUCUUGCCGGGGAGGUGCUGGGGAGAGAUCUUGCGCUUGCGAACUUGAGCGCUGAGGGUGGUGCGGCGCAAACGAACGGCGGGGCGGAAUGGGAGGAUGCGAAGGAGUUUGAGGUCAAGGAGCAGCCGGAUGUGGUCCAGUAUGAGGAUGAGGGUGAAGGGGUGCCGAUGGAGGUUGAUGGUGAUGGGGAGGGUGGGGUAGAUAAAGAGGAGAGGAAGAGGAAGAAGAAGGAGAGGAGGUUGGCGGAGAAGAAGGCCAAGAUGAAUAAGAAUAAGGAUUAACUGGGUUCUUCUUCUUGUUGUUUGGGUGAAUGAUUUAUGUUGGUGUGGAAAGGUUUACUGCAUGGGCGUGUUUCCUUUUUUGUUUUUUUUUUCUUAAUUUCUUGUAUUCUUAUUUAGACGGAGUUGGGUUAUCUUAUUUCUGAUGUUGAGUAUCA